GCUCUCCGGGUAAUUACGGUAGGGGACGUCAUCCUCCUCCCCCACACCGCAGGCUCGGCUCAGCGCUUCUGCCGGUGAAAGAUUGGUCGGUCAGCGCGGGUGCCAUUUGGCGCAGAUUUGAGCUACAUCCGUUAACAAAGGGCGUCCACGUUAUUUAUUUAUCGCCGUGUUUGUGAAUUUUAUUUAAGAAAUUUCGCCGUCAAACAUUCACAAUGAGUUCAAUCAACGUCAAAAAGCUUAAAGUUAACGAGCUGAAGGACGAGCUGAAAAAGCGUAAUCUUUCGGACAAGGGGCUCAAGGCCGAGCUGAUGGACCGCCUGCAGGCCGCGCUGGAUGAGGAGGCCCUUGUCGGGGACCCUGCGCUGGACCAAGAAGCCGCGUCGGACGAGGGUUUCGGCCAGGCCGCUGAUCAGGAGGGUAUGGGUGAGGAAGAAGAGGGCGACGGCCCGAUAGAAGAAAGCAUGGAGGCCAACGAGGAGGAGGAAGAGGAAGAAGAAGAGGAGCCGGAAAAUGGAGGCAACGGCGACGCCGUCGCCGAGGACGAAGAGAUGGGUGAGGGGGAAGAGGACGAGGACGAUGAGAUGGAUCCUAUGCUCAAGGGAGAUGUAGACGACAUGGAGAAAAUAGAGGCAGAGGAUGGUGAGCCCGGGGACCAGGCUGCUGAGGGGGAUGCGGACAAAGACACGAAUGCUGAUCAGAAGAAUAAGAAGGGUGUUAAGAGACGCCGGGAGGAACAUGGAAGGGGCUACUUUGAAUUUAUUGAAGAGAACAAAUACAGCUGGGCCUCAUUUAAGUCUCCUGUGCCACCCCUCGAGGAAGAAGAUGAGGAGUUUGAUGACACAAAAGUCUGUCUGGAUGCCUACAACUGCGACCUGCACUUUAAGGUAUCACGGGACCGUUACAGUGCCUCAUCUCUCACAAUGGAGAGUUUUGCUUACCUGUGGUCCGGAGGCAAGGCCACCUAUGGUGUGAACAAGGGCAAAGCCUGCUUUGAGAUGAAGAUUACAGAGAAAAUUCCUGUGAAGCACAUUUCUCCCAAGAACAUGGAGAUCCACGAUGUGCAGGUCGGCUGGUCCUUGGCCACUGGCACCCUGCUCCUUGGUGAGGAGGAACAUUCAUACGCAUACUCUGGUAAAGGCAAGAAGACCACCAACUGUGUGACAGAGGACUUCGGAGAAACUUAUGAAGAGAACGAUGUCAUCUGCUGCCUCAUUGACUUUGAGGGUGACGAGGUGGUGAUGUCCUUCUCCAAGAACGGCGGGGAGCCAGCCGUCGCUUUCCAGGUCAGCAAGGACACCCUGGGCGGCCAGGCCCUUUUCCCACACAUUAUCUGCCACAAUUGCGCUGUGGAGUUCAACUUUGGCCAGAUGGAGACUCCGUACUUCCCCCAGCCCCAGGACUACACCUUCCUGCAGCAGAUUGCUGUGGAUGACCGAGUCCGGGCAAUCAAGGGACCACAAACCAAGGCUGACUGCGAGAUCAUAGUGAUGGUCGGUCUACCAGGUUCAGGGAAGACUACAUGGGUGAAGAACCAUGUCCAGGAGAACCCUGGAAAAUACUACAUCCUGGGCAGUGAUACCAUUGUGGACAAGAUGAUGAUCAACAGCCUGAAACGCCAGUCGAAGGACAUCACAAAACUGACUGCCAUUUCCCAGCGAGCACCGCUUUUCUUGGGAAAGUUUAUCGAGAUCGCUGCCCGCAAGAAGAGGAACUACAUCCUGGAUCAUACUAACCUGUCUGCUCCAGGCCAGAAGAGGAAGAUGUGCUUGUUUGCAGGUUUCCAGCGCAAGGCUGUGGUGGUCUGCCCCUCUGACGAAGACUACAAGCAGAGAGUUCAGCAGAAGGUUGAGAGUGAUGGCAAAGAAGUGCCUGAGCACGCUGUUCUCAAAAUGAAGGGCUUCUACUCUCUGCCUGAGGAGGGAGAGAGCUUCAAUGAGGUCAUCUAUGCUGAGAUGCAGAAGGAGGAGGCUGCCAAGCUGCUGGAACAGUACAAAGAAGAAAGCAAGACUGCUCUGCCGGCUGAAAAGAAACCCAAUCAGGGAAGCACAACACCAAAAAGAGGCGGUGGCCUGCGCGGUGGAGGCCGCGGAGGAAAGAACCAGUUUGGCCGCGGUGGUGGACCCGGACCGAGAGGAGGUGGCCGUGGAGGCUUCCAGAACAGAGGCAACUUCAGAGGAGCUCCUGGCCCUCGUGGUGGCUUCAACCGUCCACCUCGUGGCUUCCUGCCUCCCCCAGCCUUCAGAGGAGGGUUCCAUAACCGUGGAAACUACAACCGGGGCGGCGGUCCCAUUCCCAGCCUAGGCGGAUCCCCCAGGGGUGGCCCAAUGAGGGGGGGUAACAUGGGACCCAGAGGGGGACCUAUGAACAGAGGCGGCCCAAUGCACAGAGGGAACAUGAGCAGAGGAGGUGGAGGCAACAUGAAUCGUGGUGGAAACAGGGGACAUCCCGGCCAGUUUCACCAGAGGGGAGGUAACCGUGGCAACUUUGGCAACAAGAAUGGCAACUUUGGCAACAACAGGAACAGUGGCAACUUUGGCGGCAACAGGAACGGCAUGGACAAGGCCCAAGCCUUCAACCAGAGCUGGCAGCAAGGGUUCUGGAACCAGAAGCCCUGGAGCCAGCAGUAUCAGCCUGGAUAUUACUAAGACACUUGUUCUAACGGACUGGUGGCCAACACUGAGACCCACCGCUAGCCACGGAACACCCUCCACCCUGCUUUUUUUUUUUUUGCUGGUUUGUUUUUCUUUUCCUAGAACCCACUUUUUAAUUGUCUAAGUCCCACCAACUGAAGCCUACAGAGAUAUGGAGCAACAACAUUCCACAUCAGAGAGGAGACCAGACAGAGUGUAAUUGAAGCUUUAUAUAUCUAUAUACACAUGUACAACGUGGGUUCAGUUUUAUUCAAUCAUCUGCUUUUUUUUUUUUUCUUGUUGUACAUUUCAUUUGUUUAGUUUUUUUUUCUUGGCCACUUUUAAAAGACGUGCUUUUAAAAAAAAAAAAAAAUCAUGUUUAUAAUAUCAGGAACCAGAAACAUUUUGCCAGCCUGGCAGAUGUUAAGGAAGUGUUUUUUUUUUGUUUUUUUUUUUGUGCAUUUUAUCUGUGCUGUGAUUUUUGUUUUUGCUUUUUUUAUUACAAAAUUGUAAAUAUUUUUUGGGUUUUUUUGCGUAGUUUGUAUGCAAAGUUUAAGAAAACAGUAAUGAUUUGAAAGGAACCUUGGCUUAUUAGUGAAAAGCAUGGUAGGUGAUUAUAUUGUUAAACUGUACAUGUCGAUCUAGUCCACUGUCAAACAGUUAAACUGAAGCAACAAGUGAAUUUACAGCAAGCUUUUGUCUUUUGUUCCCAGUUUCAAACCUGUAACCUAAACCUUCUCAUAGACCUACAAUAAACAACUCGUUGGCUUUUUUACAUUCUUCCUGGCUUAUGACUUUUGAUUCAGUUCAAAGGUGUGUAAAAGACCUUUGAAUGGGCGAUGUCCUAGUUUGCUACUUCAAACAGUGCGGACAUCAGCGCCACUACAAGCCCAGUUUACGCCUCAUUAGUGAAGUAUUCCCUUCAAGUGUCCUGUCUUUGAUACGUCAUUUCCAAUCCUUUUAGCUACUAUAACGAACGUGCGAGAAAGUAUUUUGGCCAAGCCAUUUUAAGGAUAUAAGUAAGCCAUUUUUAGUAGUACAUUAUGCCUUUUGUAAGUCUUUUAAUUUAUUUAAAAUUAGGGCACUGACUACGCUUGAUUCUCAGGAGGAAGUGUGGUUCCUAGAUUGUCUUUAUAAACGGUUCCUUUGUAGUGCAGUAGACUUCUGAAAAACAGCACUGAUCAGUCUAAUUACAGAACCAUCAUUUUGCUUUUUUUUUUUUUUACAUUUAUACUGAUGCCACUAUUUCAAUUUUGAACAAAUUUCUGGUGAUGCUACUUCAGCACAAACGUCAUUGAAAGCAGGCAGGGUUAACUCAUUUUCACCAGCAGACCUAAAGGGCUACACAGUAUCACAACACAUCUAUUAACACCAAAAGUUCAUGAAGACCGAAACAGAGAGUAACUUUUUGUCACCUCGAAAGGCGUUGUGUUUGAAAACACUCCAGAGCUCAUGUUGGUGACUGUGUGGCCCGGCAAUAAUGGCAGCUCUUCAUCCAACUGCUCAUAAUGUGUCCACCACAGCUACCACCACCACCAUCAGGUUAUGCUGGCAGAGGACACCCAGCUUGAGUUUCAACAGAACAUCAUCAGAACUGGAAGAUAAAAACCAUUUAACAGUAGAUCGGACAAAAUGUGGUCGUGUGUGUCCAUUGCUUUUCUUUUUUACCUGCCCGUGUUGAUGUUUAAUAAACAUGUAAAUACUACACCACUAUUUCAACCAUGCACGAAUGUCCAUGAAUUAAUUGACUUUGAGUAAUAACUGUAUUGUGAUUAAGAAAGUGUUAGUUUGCCCGAGUACUGCUGUGUGAUGAAUUGUCAAACUAUAUUUAAAUGUUUGGAGAGUUUGUGGCCUCCUGUUUUAUUGUACUGGAUACAUAAAUCUAGCAGAAUGCAAGCUUUUGAGUUUACAGUAUAAACUAUAAUACAACAGACACUAUAUUUUUAUCGCUUUAUGUUGCAGGUUGUAUAUCAGGUCUUUUAUGAUUAAACCAACAAUGCAAAAGCUUUGAGACUUUUGGAGAUAUGUUGUCUUUUCUAUCUAGUUUUUGAUAUUUGUGUUUAAAAAUUUGGGAUUGUAUUUUCUUUUUUAAUUUGUCUCAAUUCUAUUAAAGUUAAAGAAGCU